GUGAAAUGUUUAUUUUGCUUUCUGCUCAAGCUUCCUGUCAGCUUCUUACGUGAACAAUUUUGAUCGGUGAGACAAGAAUUUCUUGCUCUAUCCCGCGUCAAGAAAAACACGGGAACGUCUCACGUCGCCUUUUCCUGGGUGAAAGCGCAUCUGAUCGGGGCCGUUCUUCUGUCAGCACCCCAGCGUUUACACAUAAUGGCGGCCGAGUUUCUGACACUGCUGGAUCACUCUCGAAGGCAGACUGCCGAAUAUUUCCAAGAAGUGGAACACCUAGAGCAAAAACGCCAGGGGCUGGAAAAGGCGCUUGCGCAGGCGACUUCAGAAAAACAGCAGCUUCAACAGCACACUGUGACAAGCGAAAAAGGAUUGCUCGAGAUUGAAUCCGAAAAGCAAACUGCUUCGUUGCGUUUGCUCCUUCAGCAGACGGAGGUGAACAGUCUAAAAGCCAAGGUUGAAGAGAUCGAACGUAUUAGGUCGGAGGUGAUUCUAUCCACAAACGAUAGCAGGUGUGAUAUCUGCGAGGCUGUCGAUGAUAAUGUGAAAGGUGACUCCUCCAUGCCUCCAUGCAGGGGGAAGCAUAGAAGUGACUGUUCCGCGCUGCUUCAAACAAUUCGAUCGUCCGACAUCCGCACCGUUGCUGAUGCCGCCAGGGAGCAGGCGACACACAUUAAGAAGAAUAUUGAACAAGCAGAAGAAGCUCUGACGUCGGUUCGAGCCGAUAUUUACGCACAAAAGUCCGACAUUUCUAUCACAGAGGCAACCUUGCAAAGUCUGCAGAGAGAGGUUCAGGAACUUCGAUCACAACACACGAAUCUAGCGUCCAGCCUCAAGACGUCAUCCUCAUUCUCUGCCGCCAAAGGUUCUGACCUGGACCAACUUCGGCAAGCAGAGAAAAUUCUGUCCGCCAAACGAUCUGCUCUCUUGCAAGAGACCGCAAGAUUACGAGACGACACGUACCAUGGGAAAGGCAGGAAGUUAUGAGGCGCAGUCAAGCAUACACCUUGACGUCGUUAUGUGUUGGACAGCUUAAGGUUUCUCCGGGAACCGUUCAGAAGCGAUCUUCACCUUCGAAUUAAUUUUUAGGCAGUUCGUCUUCGCCAUCGUUCUGGCGCUCGUCUGGCCUCCUGUCCCGCAUCUGCUGACGAGAGCCGCUUUUGUCUUCCAGCUUUUUCCUGAACGAGCGCUUGCGGCUGAAAGCAUCGGCCACAGAGGGGGAAACGGGGUCCCGCGCCGCCCUUUGAAUGACGUCAACUAGCGCUUUCUGAGUGUCAUAGUAAAAGUUCAACGCUCUCCCUGGUUGUUCGCCACGGGCGACUCGUCCGACACGGUGUAGAUGUGCCACCGCACUUAGCGCGAAGUCAUACUGCACUACUAGUGUCACACCAGCUAUGUCAAGACCUCGAGAGGCUGCAUCGGUACAGACUAGUACCCUGCUCUUUCCCCUCGCAAAGAGGCCAAGAUUGAACGAUCGAUCUUUCUGAUCAAUUUCUGAAGAAAACAA